AUGAACGUUGUUCCCUUAGAUCCUAGAAGUGAGUUUCGACGUCGUCUGCGUAAUGUUAUAGACAUAAUAGAUGAGUCACUCUUGCUAAAGAGGCGUGGCAUGAAUGUCAAACCUUUUUCUAGAGCUCAAAGUGAGAGUCCACACUUAAAGGAUUCGUCACGUAUUGUCCCGUGUAUAUCGGCAUGGUCGGAACUCCGAACAGAGCAACGUCGAGAGGAACUACAUAAACAACGUGAAGAGGCUGAGGAACUGCUGCGGACCUUAAAACAUGCUCAAGAACGACGAAAACUGCAACGAAACGUGUUAACAGAGAUAAACACCUCUUCUUCAACAAUGUUGAGAUCUCCUUCACGUUUAGAUGAGACUGUUGAAAAAGAAGAACAAACUGAAGUGAGAAAAUUGUUCUCAAAUCGUCAACCACCAUUAUCACCACCAUCACCACCAAUAGUGCCGUCUGCUCCGCCUGAUGUAGAAGAAAAGCACGAGGCAAAAAAUAGUAAAGAGUUAUUGAGAUCGGAUGAAAGUAUAUUACAAGUAGCCCUUGUUGAAGAGGCAACACGACAACGUCUUGCGGAGCGGCGAGCAGCAGAAGAGGAAUCAUUGGCAAAACUGCGUGCGUUACGUCGGGAAGUAAUGAAAAAACGUCAAGAAGCUCUGGCUCAUGCAGAGGCACAAAUUGAACAGGCCGAGUCUGAGCGCAUUGCCAAAGUAAAGCAACUAGAGCAAGAGACUCGUCGUUCUGUAGCGGAGGAAGAAAAACGCUGUACCAUCACUGAGGUGGAACUUCGUGCGAUGGAAGUUCACGCGAAUGCACUCGCUCAACUUCGCUCUCAAACAGAAUUUGCAUUACCAUCUUCUGUUUUACCCGUUCGUCCUCCUCCUACUCCUCCUUCUCUUGUUCAUCCUCAAAUGGAUGUUGUUUCUUUUCCUUCUCAUUAUUCUUCUAAUUAUUCAUCUUUACCCCAUAACACUGCUCAAAACUACAAUUAUCAUAACAGUUCUGCACAAGUAGCAGCUGUUAGAGGAGUUGGGUCCAUUGUCAGUGGUUCCUUAUCUCCAGAGCGUACGGGCAAAGUGAUGACUACAAUGCACUCAACACCAACACAUCAUUCUUCAUCUCCUUCAACACUCCAGCGAAACAUUACAACUGGUUCGGCAGGUAAAUUAGCGGAGACACUACAGUCGUCUUCUCAUACACCGCAUAACUCGGGAAAGGUAAAGGAAGGAAAAAUUAAGCCAGAGCGAUUGUUUAUAUCUCCUAAGAGACACUUAGAUGAAGAAGUUCCAUUAGAAUCACCACCACGUUUAUCAUCAUCCUCAUCAUCUACAAUUAAUGUAACAGCAACACCAUCGCCAUCAUCAUCUUCGACGUUGAUCCCUGAAAAGGAAGAUACACCACAGCAUAGUUUAUCACCUACUUUUAAACCUCAGGUACGUGAGAUAUUGUCUCCCACUCCUAUUUCACAUAAUGAUAGUGUUAAAAUGAAUACCUCAGAAAUACUAGUAUCCAGAUCUGGGUCAUUUGCAACACUGCACGGAUGUGGUAUCGUUGCGUAUGUUCUUACUUCUGAAGUGGGUGUAAUUCCAGUUCUACUGCGUCUCUCAGCUGAUUCACAGGAGUUGCUCCUUCACAUAGGACCUGUAAAAAGAGAUAGCAGUCCAUCUAAAUCUUCUACCAAAUCUUCGGUUAAAGAGUCGAAACAAAGAAUAUUUUCUCCGGUUCAUCAUCAAGAACAAAAUAGAGAAUAUGAAAGUGAGAUGGGAUGUAGCAUGCGGCGUGUGGAAGAAGUGCACCACUUUGCUCUUUUGCGUAGUUGUUGUCUUUGUCCUUUUGGGAGUAUUGGAGCAGAUUCAUCAAGGGAAGUUGGUGGCGUUUUGUGUGGCUCUAUUGCACGGCGUUUGUUAAGAAAACUCUAUUGUACAUUCUUUACCCAACUGGGGGAAUCUUCAUAUCGUGUUUUUCUAGUUUCUUUCAACGCAUCACAUCACGCAAAAGGAGAAUCUACUCGUUCACCUCGAGUAAUUAAUCCUAAUACAUCUACAUUACUAGUUCUUCAGUUUCGUAACCGUCAGGAUUGGGCUGCAUUUCUUAUGUCAGCUGGAGAGGCGACGAGAUCACUAAAUGGUGGUGUUCCCUUAACGUAUGGACGAGCACUGUGGAUAUUAGCGGCAUAUCUAUGGCAAAGACGACGAAGUUGUACUUCUUCUUCUUCAUUAUCCCCAAUAAGAAGAGAAUCAGUAGAUUCAACAUCAAAAAUACCAGGAAUGAAGUGUGUAAAACAUUUUAGGAUGGUUCCACAAUCGAUACUCUCUUUUUCUUCUAAUACAGGGAUAGAAUCUUCACAUUCUCAACAUAUCGUCUCUGGAAAUCGUAGAGAACAUGAAGGAAAGCGCAUCUCCACACCACGUUUCAUUAUCCCUCCUCAACGUAGCAAUAGUAGCAUAAAGAAGAACAAUACCAGAAAUAAAACUAGUAAUGAUGUCGUUGAGCCACAUUUACGGCGGGGUAGGCGGUUUGGUCUGCGUACAACCACUAAUUCUAUUUUAACUUCGUCCCCACCCAGAAGCAAUCCAGCCAACCUCAUGAGGUACAACUACUAA